CCACGACUGACCUCUACCCCUCCUUCCCCAAAAAUACAGAACCACGAGCAACCUCCAUUACUAACUCCCACUUCUCUCCACUUCUCCGGUCUCCACGGCGCACUUCUCCGGUCUCUACGGCGCACUUCUCCGGUCACAGGGCGACGUGAUUCACUAUGGAACAUCAUACAUAUGCGCAAGAAAAUUCAAUCAUAAAAAGUAAAUUAGAAAAAACAACCAAAAUAUACCACCCACCAUUGUUGCUGCUAGUAAGCUGUUACUUUCAUCGAUCGGUUCUGCACUCGAGUUCAUUGGAAUUGGAAGAUUCAUUCGAAGAUUCAUCGGAAUUGAAAGAUAAAGAAGGGCGCUCCUGCUAUCCUUUGAAGUUGGUUCAGAAGUUGAAGUUUUAGCUGAGAAGUUCCUGUCCUGGACAAAGUGAACAAGUCAGACAUAGCGAAGGAGAUUCUAGAGGUGUUGGUGACUAGUAGUAGCAGAUAGAUAUUCUUUGUUGAUUAAGGUCUUUAUGCAUGGAGGAUAUAGAAGACUUGUAUAAUGAUGGGAUGUCUAGGGACAAUGAUCCCUUGUGUUAUGAGCAUCCAACUGAGACGGAGCAUGAUAUUUCUCAAAAAGGCACUAAAAGGUAUCGAGGUGAAGUAAAAGGGUUAAAGUCCCCUAAUGUGCCAAAAUUCCUAGAAUGGGAUUCAUUUAAUCGACCAACUGGUCAUUGGUUGAAGGACUAUAGGCAACAAAUUGGGAAGACAGUGCAUACUAAGGUCAGUAUUUUGACAAACAAAUGGGAAGAGGUACCUCAAGGUCUUCAAGACACCCUUUGGGAUUACAUUAAGACUAUGUAUCAUAUUGACAACAAUCCACUGAAGAAAAAGUAUGUAAUGGCACACUUGAGUGACCGGUUUAGGGAUUGGAAAGCUAAGUUGGUAAGUGGACAUAUCACAAAGACAAGAAAAAUCUCGCCUAAUGCCAAACCACCUUACCUUGUAUAUGAAGCCAUCACUGAAGAAAUAUGGCAGCAAUUUGUUGCAGCUAAGACCACCGAUACAUUUAAGGAAAUAAGCGAGAAGGCACGGAAGAGUCAGUCGCACAAUCUGCAUCCUCAUUUUAUGGGGCAAAAAAGCUAUUCACAGAAGGAAACUGAAUGGGAGGUUGAAGGAAGAUACCCUUCAGUCGGAAGUACAGAUUCAACCAUGAGAAAACGACAUCUAAAUUGGAUUUUUGGCCGGCAAAAGAAAAACGAAAAAGGAGAAUAUGUUUUCCCUAAAGAUGAAGCACGCCUGGUUGGUGAAAAAAUAGACAAGGAGGUUCAGGAAGUCGAGCAAGGAAUUUGGACUCCACAUAGGCAAGAUGAUGUCUUAUCCCGUUCCCUUGGAAAGAAAGACCGUCGUGGACGUGUGGUUGCAGUUGGAGGAACAAUCAGCCAUCAAGCAUAUUGGGGGAAACCGGUUCGAAAUAAUGGAGAAUAUGAUCAUUUCUCACAAGCCGAACUAAAAAAGAUUGAAGGCGAUUUUGAGGCUAGAAUAGAGCAAGUGCGAAAGGAAACUAUAGCUAUGAUGGAAAAGAAAAUGGAGGCCGUAGUUGAGGAAAAAUUCAUUAACUUGGUGACAAAAUUAGGUCUAAAAUUGCCGGUUGGGAUGGAGAUUGGAAAGACCACAACCACUACAACCACUACGCGGAGUCGUAGCAACUCACCUUCUGUGGAGCUAGAGCCUAAUUCUGACCCAUUUGCGGAGUUGAAGAGUCCUUUAGCAUGUCGUCUGUGCCAACUUGAUGAUUCCCAACAAUUAGUAGUCGUGGCUAGGGGUGUAGCAUAUCCGUUCAAUGCUGAAGAUGUAGUACACCAUUCUGCAAUGAAGCCUGGUUAUUUGAAAGUUAGUGUGAACUCAUGUGUUCCUGGCUAUGAAACUGCACCUCUACCUGUACCCAACUUAGAGAUGAAGGAUGUUGGGGGAGCCGUAAAAAGUUUCGUCCAAUGGCCUAGAAAAUUGAUUAUAGGGGACAAGGAGUUUGUUCCGCGACGCAAGAUGAGUAGCGACCAACCGUUAGCGAUUAAUGUUGCUGUUAGUAGUGAUAUCGUUGUGGAGCCUGAUUCGUCUAUGAAGUUGAAGGUACAGGUAUAGAGUAUGAUUUAUUUAUUUAAACUCUACCAUCA